AUGGGAAAGUUUGUGAAAAUUGGUGGAAUCCUAGGAAACUACGUCAUCAAAGGACCCGAUUACACUAAGCUGUUAUUCGAUAGAAUUAGAUUCAUAUUACAGAAACCAAAGAAAAAGAAGGCCAAGAAAGAUUUCGCGCAUUUUGUCUUGGCGUUACCUGAAACUCCGAUUACAAAGGCAGAUUUCGAGACUCAACUGAAAAAGAAAAAAUUAAAGAAAAUUAUGAAAGAUAAAGACCUGGUGAAUGAACUAACAAACCAGUUUAUUGUAAAGAAAUCAAAGAUAGAUAGCCUGGAAAUGAUGAGGGUUUAUAAAGAGUAUUAUCCAGAUGCAUCACUGCCCCCGCCUAAGCCAAAGAAAGGCAAAAAAGGUAAAAAAGGAAAGAAGGACAAGAAAGGAGCUGCGGAACCUGACGAACAGCCAGCCGAGCAGAAUCUCGUAGGUGAAGAAGUCACGGUUCAAGAAAGCGAGUAUCAAACUCCUCAGCUAGAAGAUGGUGAAGUUCCUCCUCCGAGAGAAAUACAGCGUGCUUCAAAUCAUGGUGAACGUCACUUGGCGUUCCAGAUGGAAGAGAUAAAAACUAUAGAAAUUCCAGCAGAAGAUGAGAUGCCGCCAGAGGAUCAGGAAGUUCGACUCAACUUGCCGACUGAAAUAAUUGAGAUGCAGAUGGUUCCCGAAGGUGAUGAGAACGUCGCAGAACAAUGAGCUUAUAUAGUCAAGAAAAUCAUACUUAGGUUUAACUACUGAUCCAAGCCUGCGGUUCUCUGUCCAUACUCAAGCUUUAGUAAAUAAAACAUUCAUCUC